UGUGUGUGUGUGUGUGUGUGUGUGUGUGUGUGUGUGUGUGUGUGUGUGUGUGUGUGUGUGUGUGACCUUGUGUCUGAGUAGCACACAUUAGGUCAUUGCUCCUUAUCAAGGCAGGUUGUCCCAGGCUGGGGGUGUUUUUGAGGGUGUGUGACAGACAGUGAGUGUGUGAGUGCGUUUUUGAGGAGUUGUUGAAAAGGUGUGUGUGGUGUGCCUGUAGUGGAGAGACUGGGAGAGCUAGCGAGUUACUCUUCAUAGCGCCUGAUUUUCCCCAUCUACUGUAUAUUCCUGGGGCUGUGUGUGUGUGUGUGGUGGGGGGGUGCUCUAGACACCAGCAACUGUAAUGUGACUGAAAACCAGACUGCAGACCCAACACACACUCAUGUCUGCACACACACACACACACACUUCCCCCAUCCCACCAUUACACACUCAUCUGAUCCUCUCUUUCACACACACACACACACACUGUCUCUCACACAAGCACACUCUGUCUCUCUCUCACACAAACACACACUCUCACACACACACAUGUUCUCAUUACUGUCUCCCCCUCACAGCUCUUUAUGAUGUUGCUCAAACAGCAGAGAUUGUCUUGUCAGUACAAACACACACACACACACAAUCUUUGAUAAUGUAGCUCGAACACCAGUAGCAUGUCCCCCAGCUUGGGCCUUAAAUUGAGUGCAGUAUAUUUUUAGCCGUCUCUCACAACCCUUUGUGAUACACAGGUCUUUAUAUAGCACACACACACAUACUUUGUGAUACACAGGUCUUUAUAUAACAUGGGCCCAGAAGAGGACUACUUUUUAAACCAGCUUUGAUGACGAAUGCUGCUUUUCUUUUUUUGGUUUUCUGACGUGAAUGUGCAAGCAGGACAGAGACGGAAACACUGUUUGUGUGUUUGUGUGUGAGGGAUCUCUCGUGUGUUUUAUGUCUGACUAAAACCCGGUGAAGUGUGUGUGUGUGUUUCUAAAGCGCCCCCGCAGGACAGAACAAAUGCAUCGGGGCUAGAAUCACCUGCCAGUCACACACACACACACACACACACACACACACACACACCUUAAACAGUAACCCUGUCUCGUGUCCUUCUAAACCGUCACAGACACCUCCACCGUACUCUCACACACACACACGAGUUUCAGCUGCACUCUACACUUUGUGUCUGAAGGGGGAAGACACAACGACAGAAACCAUGACAACGGCAGCAAAGUGUUUGUUGGCUCCCUGUUGUGGUGGCGCUCUGUCCAUUCCUGUCUGUGUCCCCGUGUGGGUUUUGUCCAUUCCUGUCUGUGUCCCUGUGCGGGUGUUGUCCAUGCGUAUAGAUUUAGGCUGGGGACUCUUACUGAUUGAAGUAUUCUACCUCUUUGGAAUAUACAGAGAAUAGCUGUAAGAUAUUGUUUGAGGUAUAUAUAUAUAUUUUCCAGCAGUAUGUAAAAAGGUCUAACUGUAUUGCUCUAGAUCAGUAUUUUUGCUUGUCAUGAGAAUAUCCAGAGGCUUGUAAGCAGAUGAUUAAAGUAUAUUUGUUUUGCACUGUGCCCCGACUACAGAUGGAGGGAUCAUAAUAAAAAAAAAAACUAAUUUUAAACAAAUCAGUGUGUGAAAACAAAAGCUCCUUUUCUCUCAGAUCAUUAUUUCCACACCAGAACGAAUCCCUCAUGUUUGUGUGUGUGUGUGAGCAAGCUGAUCGCUGGAGACGCAGAGAACACACACACAUAUACACACACAUAGGUACCCGGGAAAGAGACACACACAGACCAACUGCAGACUUGCAAACAUAGGGACACUGGAGAGACACACAGCUAACCGCUCAGAUGGGUAAGGGUUAGUUAACCGCCAGACAGACAGAACCCUUCACAGUGCCAAGCGGAACCCCUCACGGUUCCAGACGGAACCCUUUACAGUGUCAGACAGAACCAGAGGAACCCUAAUGGGCUCAAUAGUGGACCCAUCAGGAUUCCAAAUGGAAUAUUUAGCUUUGGUUUCCGAAGAGGUUUAACCUGAGAACAUGCUAUCCAUGCCAACCAUGCUACCAUGAAGUUUGACCUCACAGGGGUAAAUGGGGCAGUAAGGCUCCAUCAGGGCACACUGGGUAUGGGUCUUAGGGUGGCAAGGGAGAGAAGAUCACAAGCUCCUCAUCAUCAUCCUAAAGAGAUUGCUGAAGAACUUCUAUAAUAUAGAGCCCUGACACAGCUGGACUACACCAGCCUUCUACAACAGUUCCUCUGAGUUCUCUAGGCAUUCAUUCUGUGUUGUUCUUUAGCUCUGUUCCAGAGUUAUCAUCGGAGUCUAUCCACCUACGCAGCGCCAUCCUCUCUGUCCACCGUCUUCAGGCGUGAACGCGAAGCCAUUAGGCUUUCUUUAGGGCCGCGCGCUGCUCUUUCAUGUUGCCGCACGAGUGGCGCUGCUAAAAGCUCUCGCUCUACAAUGAGCUCGUGUCCGCAGUCACACCUUCAACGCGCUCCUGAGAUGAGAUGAUUACCGUUAAAAUAAUGUCUCGUCCGCAGAAAUGUGCAGCUUUGUAAAACAUUUUCACUUUGAAUAGAAAAAGUAAUCAAAUAAUCCAUUUAAUCUUAAUGGUAAAAAAAAAUACUUGUUGAAAUCAAGCUUUUUGGUAUGUAUACUUUGUGGUAUGUAUUUCCAGUGGUAACCAACAAUGUAUGGAAAUCAUUGGAAAUUACCUUUCUAGAGAAUGAAGAAGUAUAGUUUGUCUGACCCAGCCGGUCGCAACUCUGGCUUGAUGAAUGAGGCGGACUGGUUAAACACAAGCCGUUAAUGACACGCGGGGCCGAUGCGUUUUAAUGGGUGUCUAUUAUAAUCCUACCACGCGAGGCUUUGUAGACAGGGCGCAUAGCUGAUGACCUGUCCACGCGGCUGUGCUGUUUGUUGAUUUUUUAAUAAUUAAUGAGGUGGUCGUGAGGCUAGUUACCCUCGACCACUUCAUCCGCUCGCAGUUCAAGGGCAGCGCCGCUGAACCUGCGCUGCUGUCUUCACGGCAGCAUCAGCGCAGGCAGCUGCAGUAUCACAGGCAACUCCGCAGCACAGCUCAGUCCAGCUCGAGCUUCUCCCUCAGUAGCGCCGCCUGAGAGGCGCCAUAUCAGAUGAUGCAUGAAGUUAUCUCUUCGUCUUAUUCUCUCCACAAACAGCACGGAUUCAGUCAUGCCCAACGAGUCGGAGCGACUGGUCGAAUGCGAUAAUGGACGCGGUCCGCGCGUCUGCCUCGCCACUCUCUACACGUUCAUGGGCGUGACGGGCACCGUGCUGAAUCUGAUGGUCGUUUACCUGGUCGUGACCUUCAAGAAACUCCGCACGGCCAGUAAUGCCUUUAUUGUGAACGGAUGCGUGGCCAACUUGUUGGUGUGCGCGUUCUGGAUGCCUCACGAGGCGGUGAUCCUGUCAACUAGGAGCUCACCGAGGCUGUGGUACCAAGCGUUCAAAGAAGCCCUGCUGUUUCUGGGCAUCACCGCGUCUCUGCUCUCUCACUCUCUCAUUGCUGUCAACAGGUACGUGCUCAUCACCAAAGUGCCCGCCACCUACCAGUCUCUCUAUCAGAGACGAAACACGGAGUGGAUGAUAAGCGGCUCGUGGCUCAUAUCCGUGGGCUGUCUCAUGCCCUGGCUCACAACAUCUGGGUAUCAAACGGAAAGAUGCGCGAGCACUCACACUGCUACAGCAUCCUUCACCGCCGGGACAUCUGUCCUGGCAAACUCUUCCGCGUGCUCAACAUUGGCCUGUACGGUAACCGGACAGACGGCGGUCGUACUUUACUGCUACUUCAAAAUAUUUAGAAGGGUUCAAACCAGCGUGAAACGGGUCAGUAUCUUACAUUUUCAGAUCGUGAACAAUCUCCCUUACUCUUUCCCGCGCAAGGACAAGUGUCUUGGGCUGUAUGUGCUCGCGGUGUGCUUCGUGUUCUUCAUCACCACGGAGCCCAUGCUGUGGGCGCUGGUGGCGGGAUUCUUCGUGGAGGUGCCAGCCGCUCUCGGUGCCUCACUGUGGGUCAUUUUUUGUACGCUCUUCGUUUCCAAUCCGUUUUUGUACACGUGGAAAAACGAGGAGUUCAGGAAAUCUCUCCGGUCAGUAAUGAGAGGGGACUUCUGGAAGGGGCCGACGGUUGGAGUCGAGCCGAUCAAUAUCAGCUCAAUCUCCCAUAUUCUGCCACGACAGAACAGCCGUAUUGCCUUCCUGGGAGAUAUGAGAUGAACAGUCAUCAAUCAACAAAUGAAGCAACAGACGGUUUAUUGUGUCACUUACAUUUCAUGAUUGUAUUGAAUUGAUUGUUGGGGGGAAAUAGUCAUAAUUUGUCUAUUAACAAGUGAUUUGUAACAGUAUUUUGUAUGGCCUGAUUUUAAGGUGGCCUUGUAUUUGAUAUCCAGCUUUGAGUAUAUGGCGCAAUGUAUUUUCUAUGUGGCAGUCUACUAGUUGUAUUUAAGAUGUACUUAUUUAUUUAUGUUCGAAUAAAAAUGUCUGCUACUUGUUA